CCUCUUUUUUUUCUUUAUGAUAGGGAUAGAAUGAGAUAUGCCUUCAGAACCUUUGCAGUUGAUCACGUUUUUAAUUAAUGAAAUCCAAAAAAGUUCUAUGAGCAGACUUGAUUGGUAUCCUUAGUGAAGAACUUGGUAUUGCUAAUCCUUUUCCAUCAGCGUUUGAUAGAUUCUUGUCUCUCUACUUUCCCCCCUGCGCCAGAUGCGGUCCCCCUGAAAUCCCUGACCUCUCAGGCCUAUAUAUGCUAAUGAUCUCCUUCCUCCCGUGAUAACCAGACGAAACCUCUUUGUAUCCUCGUGUCAAGUAGCUGUGAAGCAUCCUAGGAUCGAGAUUGCUACAAUGGCGUCGAGAAGAAUCACCAAAGAGCUCAAGGAUUUGCAGAGAGACCCACCUCCAUCUUGCAGUGCAGGUCCGGUGGCUGACGACAUGUUCCACUGGCAAGCUACCAUAAUAGGGCCAAACGACAGCCCCUACUCUGGAGGUGUCUUCCUUGUGAAUAUCCACUUUCCACCUGACUAUCCAUUUAAACCUCCCAAGGUGGCCUUCAAAACCAAGGUCUUUCAUCCAAACAUCAACAGCAAUGGUAACAUAUGCCUGGACAUUCUUAAAGAGCAGUGGAGUCCGGCUCUAACCAUAUCUAAGGUUUUGCUCUCCAUUUGUUCACUGCUCACGGACCCCAACCCGGACGACCCAUUAGUACCAGAGAUCGCCCACAUGUUCAAGUCCGACAGAUUCAAGUACGAAACUACCGCCCGCAACUGGACCCACAAGUAUGCCAUGGGCUAAAGCCGGGGUGCUCAAAUUGCUCCAUUAUUGAUCCUUAUUUAGCUCAGUACUUAAAUAAUUGUCACCAUCCACUAUUGAUUUAUGAAAUUAGUGUGUGACUUUUUUAUGGACUCUCACCUUUUGUUAGCAUACAUGAUGUCGAUCUAUCAAAAUAAGCAGAUGAUAGUUCUUAGUGC